UCUAAUAGCGAUGGCUAUGGCUAUGGCAAAGAACAUUUGGGUGUAUGUGUUGGUGAUCAUUGGAGGGCUUGCAUUGAGCUGCAAUGCCACAACGUACAUUGUAGGAGACACUUCUGGUUGGGAUAUCAGCACCGAUCUCGACGCUUGGUCUCAGGGCAAGAGGUUCUAUGUGGGAGAUGUUCUUGUGUUCCAAUACUCGUCGUCGCAAAGCUUAAAUGAAGUGACGAGAGAGAAUUACAAUACCUGCAACACCACCAACGUUCUAAAAGCCUACACAAACGGAAACACUACCGUCACGCUGUCGCAGCCCGGCCAAAGAUUCUUCGUUUCCGGCAACAGGUUGCUCUGUCUCGGCGGAAUGAAGAUGCAAGUCAACGUCGAGAACAACCAAUCAUUCUCCCCGGCCGCCGCUCCUCAGCCACCGCCGCAGUCUAACGGCCUCCCUCGGCCCUCCUCCAAAACCGACAACGAUGGCGUUCCGAGCGGCUCGACUCGGCUUGUGAUCGGAGGAAAAGAGGCACUUGGGAUUGUCUUUGCGUGUUAUGUCAUCUCCUUGGCCUUUAUAUAUAAUAUUUGAGUUUUUAUUUGUUUUAUAUUAUAUUAUUUAUAUUGGAUAAUAUUUGUUAAAUGUUAUAUUUUGAUAUUUUAUUUAAGUUUUUGUUUAUUUGGGCCGAACUUGGAAGCCCAAUUAGAUUGGGGGCAUUGGGCUUCUUCAAGGACGAGCCCAGCCGAAAGCCUAGCGGCGGAAACAGAAACCCUAAUUCCAGUACUCAGUUACCUCUUCCCCCCCUAUUUAAACCCACGGAGCAGAAUCAAUCUUUUCUCAUCGCUUCAGUCACCAUUCUUUUGAUUUCAGCGGCGGCCACAGUUUUCAGGCUUAGAUUGUUCGAUUUUGUUGCUUCUUAGCUCCGUUUGAAAAUUCUGGAUUCUCCAUCUCUGUUUGAAAUUGUUUGUGUUCUUGAUAGAUCGACUUGUUUAUGGAUGAAUUUCAUUGUUUUCUGAUUAUAUGUACGAAUGGUGGCUUUGAUGAUUUCCUAAAAGAUCAAGCUCAACAGACCGGAAUGCAGGUUUCUUUUCGAAACUUGCGUGUCGAUUACUUUCGAAACUGAGCCAUCUCCUCUGUUUUUUAUGUUUUCAUUCUCUCUGUUUGAAAGAAAUGAGGCUGGUUUUGUUUGUUGUUGUGUUUCUUUUGGGAAAGGGAAGGUUACAAUGAGGAUAAAGAAGCUCCCUCUUCUGAUAUCCAUUGAGGAGAAUCUGCUGGCAGAAUCGAACCUAAUAAUCUCCAUUGCCUUCUGAGUAUUCCAUUCUCUUUUCCAACUUUUCAAAACUCUUCCAAAUCGAGUUUUGUUUCUUUUGUUUGUCUGAAUUGUUGAUUUUCAUUGUACUUUCAAGUCUUUAAUGUUCAUCAAGUGAUGAAAUGAGGAAUAAUCUUAGGACACCUUCCUACACAGUAAAGCCAUGCUGUGGAUGAGAACAAAAUUUCCUUUCUGAUGAUGA